AUGGAGAGUGGAGAGAGUCCCUGGGACAAACGCUUUCAACGCACGCGGGCCACCCAGAAACGAAUCUGGACAGCAGCGACAGGGUACCACAGUGUUACAGAGCGACGCAGUGCAGAGCGGGUGGCGCUGAAUGACGACUUCACACAGCUGAACGAGAAGUUCAUCAAGGCGCGCAGGGAUUACGAAGCACUCCUUGAAUCAUCCAUGUCCCAACCUCCAUAUCAUCAGCAGUAUCCCGUUCGAUCCAGACUGCCAGCACAAUUUCAGCAUCCGCAAAACUAUGGCCCACCACAAGGCUACCAGCAGCACCCGCAUAUCGCUGCACAGGGACCGCCACCAGCAGAACACUCUCAGCCGCCGACACAGGCAUUUUCACAAAGCCAGCAGCACCUUCCACCACAGCAAGAUCCGCAGCGCUACUACUCUCCCGCCCCCGCAGAGCAAGUAUCUGCACAACAGCCAGGAUUCUCCAGUCCUUAUCCACAGCAGAAUGGGCCAACUUCAUCGAACGCAGCAGCCAACGGACCGGCGCCUUUCCACUUCCUACCUGGAGGAGUGCCGCCACCAGCUGUCAACGAAGUCAGACGAAAACCCAGCCCCAAUGCAUCAGCAAGUGGUCCAUACCCUCACAUUGCCGGUCAAGGCUUCGCUGGACAGAUCAGGCCCAACUCCAUACAUACUUUGAAUUCCGGGAACCCUCAAGAGCUUGCCACUGGUGGUUACGAGUCGCCCGUGGACAAUCGACGCAUCGCAGCCGCCUCAACUGCAGCACGCGCCCCCACAACAUCCCAAUGCCAGUAG